AUGUCUGCUGCUGCUGCUGCUCCUCCUGCUCCCCCGGUUAACCCUGACCGGCCCGAGACGGGUCACUCGGCUGGCAAGAGUUCCCUGUCCAGCAAGUCGGACCCGAACCAGGCGUUGAGAGGUGAAGAGGCUGUGUACAGCGUUGGAUCGAGUGGAUUCUCUCUACGCUCAAUGCAGCAUCGCGACCGCGAGGGCAAAGUCAUCACUGAACCCGACUUGUCCAACCCUACCCGUUACCGAUUCGAGCGGCCGCUGGACACUAUUCGAUCGUUCGAGGCAGCCAUCGAGCGACGUCGUCGUGAGGCCAUGUAA